AUGGCCAAUUCUCCUUCUCACUCUGAGCAUAACCACUCCAGCAAUCUUCCCGUGGAGAUCAUCGAAAAAAUCAUCCAGAACGCAUGCACGACCUACUGGUGUCACCCGCCGACACUCUCAUCCAUCGCACUCACAUCGCAUGUUCUUCGCGUUUACGCAAAUAACGCACGCUUCUCUGCACUCUUUGUCAUUCAGGGAUCGUACGUUCCCGUCGAGAAAGUGGUGAAAAGCAUCAGGCGCCUCGUGGAUGUUAUUAAAUCUGGCAACACUGUCUCGAGCGGGAUGCCUGGCAUCUUGAACUUUACCACGUCGCUUUCGCUGGAGUUUGUGGGCUCGCACAAGGAUAUAAUGAGUGGUCUUUCAGAUGGAGGUCUGGCCUAUCUCUUCAGAUCCCUCUUUCGCCAGCCGAUUCCGUGGAAGCCUAGCCAGGAGUAUGGAUUGCGUAUGGCUGUUUAUCGUGAAACAACAACCAUUCCGGUCGGCGACGUUUGGGAGGAUGGGUUUCGAAAUUAUGUCGGUAUCGACUGGCGUUGUGUCAGUCCUGACCUUGUAGACGCCUUCGUUGAUCUCGUGAAGAACUCGCGUCUGAACUCGCUGCUACUUGAGUGCAUGCGCAAUGUACCAAGAUCCAUUUUUGAGGGGUCGGGAAUUGCUAUCCUAAUCCUCAGCGAGGUUACUGUGGAAGCUGGACUGCCAGCCGCGUCGGUGGACAACGUCAAAUUCCCAACGCUCGCAUCCCCAUUACAGUUACUUUCGUUGGGUUCGCUCUCAUAUAGUGAUAUCUCCCUGAACUUAUAUUCGGAUGCCCCGCCGCCCUCAUAUAGUGAUAUCUCCCUGAACUUACAUUCGGAUGCCCCGCACGGAGGUCUGCUACCAUCUCUUCUAGAGCUGAGCGUGGCCCCCAGCAGAUGCACAGACCUCACCGAGCUUAGGAUGGCGCUGACAAAUGCCCCAUCUCUUCAAAUGUUGGAUGUACAGCUUUACGCACCGGACGGUGUUGGAAAUUUGCGGAGACUGGAACUGAUUCUUCAGGGGGGGAUUAUACACAGAAUGGGUGCGACGCCAAUUCUCAUCGAAUACAAGAGCAUGAGACUGGAACGUCUUGGUGCUCAUCUUUCCCUCCCUUCUUUCAAUGGCCUUGAAGUGAUCAACGUUCAGCUGCAUGUCUGUCAAGGCUUUGCCAAUCCAUCUAGUAUUCAAGAUGAGUUGACCGCGCAAAUCACCGACAAAUUACAGUCAUUGAAGAAGAGGCUCGUCGUCAAUGAUCCAGUUUCCAGUAGUUAA